AUUUUUAGUUGUGUAGAAAAGAAGAAAAAAAAAAAAUAAAAAAUUUACGAAUUGGUUAAAAUUGUAUUUAUAGAAAGUGUAUUUUGUGAGUGCAUUUAAAUAUAAAUUCUUAAGUUCAAUUCGAUUGGCUUCAUUAGAUUUAACAAAAUGUUGCCAGUCGCACGUGCAAAUUUGGACCAUAUUUGUUGCAUCUGUCUCCUGGACGUCAGGCCAUCAAUGUUUACACAAAAAGUAUGCGAUGUCAAAGAAGAAAAGAACAUGUCCAAAAUACUUAAACUUACAGCACACAUUACCAUUUUGAAAAACCCCAUGAAUCAAAAAUACAUUAAUGAAUACUGUCGUAAGGUGUGUGAAAUAUGUUUUCUUAAGACGCAGUAUUCCUACCUUUUUCGGGAAAAAAUUAUGGCAUCCACAGCAGCAGUGAAGGAGUUGCUGGAAGGAAGCGAGUUAAAUGAUCAGGACAUCGAAAGGUUGCAGUAUUUUUGCCGUAUUUGCUUAAAUCGACAAAAAACAAAAAGUAAUGCAAAAUGUUUAAAUAUGCAACAUUUAAAGUGGAUAAAGGACUGCAGUGGCAUACGUUUCACAUCGUUAAUAGAAAUGGAGAAAUUUCGAAUAAAGGAGGGCACAAAUAUCAAUGAAAUAGCCGAGAUCAAUGAUGCAGAAUUUCCUCAUCAAUUAUGUGCAAAUUGUUUAAAGAAGUUAACAAAUGUUGAAGAAUUUCGUAAAUCGGCCACACAGUCAUUUGAAUAUAUGAUCUCAGUUAUGGGCGAUACAAGCGGCCCUGAUGAGGAUUUAAUUAUACAAGGAAUUAAGCAAUUCCGAGAGAAUAUAAUACGAAAGGAAGUCCCGCAAGCCCAGACGGUAACAGUUUGUGAAACGAGUACCAAACAAGAUUCUGCAAUUCUGAAAAAUGAUGACGAUAUCAAAAACGAACAACAAGAGAACUUUUACACAGAUGUUUUACAAAUCCAGAUACAAGAUGUUGAGACUCUUACGGAUUCAAAAGAUUUUUCAAAUACUUUACAAUUAAAGCAGGAAGAUGCCUUUGAAGAUGUAAUAGAUUUUCCGGGAGAUUUACCACACUACUCAGAUGUCGGUGACGAUGAUGCAGACUUUACUUUAGAUUUUGAUGUAAAUGAUGCUUCUUCUGACGAUUACAAUGACAAUGAUGAUAAUAAAUUCUUUAGAAACACUCGAGCUAAUACUUCAAAACAAUAUGAUAAAGAACGUGAUAACAAAUUGGAUAACAAAAAUGAAGAAAAUAUCGAAAAUGAAGGAGAUUCAACGAAUCCAAAACGUCGUAAAAGAGACAAACAAUCAGAAAGUCCAGAAGACUUAUUCUCUAAUAUUCAGAAAAGUACAAGAAAAGCUAAAAAACCAAAAGAAACUGAAACAGCACAGCAUCAAGAUAAUAUUGAAAACGAAGUAACAAAACCAAAACGUCCUAGAAAUGUAAAAAAAUCAGAAAGCAUAAAAAAAGAAGAAAGUUCGACAAAACCAAAACGCCUAAAAAAAGACAAACAAUUAUCCGUAGAUAACCAAGACUUAAUCUCUAAUAAUGAAAAGCGUACAAGAAAAUCGAAAACUCCCAAGGACACCGAAAACCCAACAUCGAAGAAUAACAGUGGUGACGAUGGAAAAAAGGAAAAACUUGAAUGCGUAGAAUGCGCAAAAGUGUUUAUUUCUGCCUAUACCUAUAAAAGGCACUUAAAAUGGGUACAUUCUCCACAAUCAAGUCAUAAGACAUUCACAUGUGAGUUAUGCUUAAAAGUAUUUAGACGAAAAGACCAUUUAAAUGAUCAUGUAAAAACUGUACAUGAAAAAGUUAGGGCGUUUAAAUGUUCACACUGUGAGAAAACGUUUGCAACGAAUGGUUCCAAAAAGGUCCAUGAACUUACACAUACAAACGAGUAUCCUUUCGCUUGCGAAUGGUGUGGAAAACGUUUUCGCCAAACAUGUCGUUUAAAGGUACAUUUAGAAAUGCAUACAACCCAACCGGAACUUUUAUGUCCUAUCUGUAAAAGAAGUCAGAAGUCAGCGGAAGACAUGGAAGAACAUAUAAAAAGUCACGAUGAUAAACGUUUACAGUGCAUUUCAUGCGGAAAACUAUUUAAAAGAGGUUCACAUCUUAAAGAUCACUACAAUGCUGUUCAUUUGAAGUUAAGGCCAUUUAAAUGUGAAUUUUGUGACUUUGCGUUUGGUGAUAGGAAAACCCGACGAGUUCAUGAAAAAAGUCAUACGGAGGAACGUUUAAUAACAUGCAGCAUUUGUAAGCUCGGUUUCAAAGCAUUAUCUACAUAUAACAAACACAAAAAGGAGACUGGUCACGCAUCGGAAGAAUUUCCGAAAAAAACAAAAACAUCUAAAAAGAAUACAGUUCAAUUACUGAAUAUCAUGCAAUAUCCCGGAAAAUUUAAUAGUAUUUUUGAACUAUAAAAAUUUAAUUCAAGACAUUAACAUUGUUUGAACUUCUACUUUAAUUGUAAAAAAGUAUUUAAAAUAAACAUUCCAUUCUUUUAA